AUGUGGAGGCCCUUAGGAGGAUCCCGCGGGGCGGAGGUUGAGGCGAGCAUUAACCAUCCGGAAUAUCAUGAUCCGUGGAACCUCAACCUGGAUCCUUUGGCAGACUGGUUCCGUCCCCUCCUUGGGCCCACUCUGGCUCCUUUUGCUGCGGAAAUGACCGGUGAGUUCGCCUCUCAGCUUACACGCUGUGCGCCCAAGCGGUUUGCCACUUGUGCCUCUCUGAACUCUAUCUUCCAAGUCCAGGACCUCAGCCAUUCCCUCACAGUGCUUGCAGCUGAGGCCGGUCGCCUCUCCAAGAACAUCAUAAGCCAUGGCUUCGCUCUGUCCGAUUUUGGGGACAUGAACGACGUCAAGAAGGUCCUUCAAGACCUUACUGCGGAGAGGCUGAUCUACCAGGAGGCCGCCGAGCGCCAGGAGGCUGCGGCCAAGGCUAAGGAAGAGAGGGCCAAGGCCAGGGAGGAGGAGGCUAUCCGGAGGGAGGCUCAGGCGGAGGACAUGAUCCAGGCCGAGGCCCAGCGGAGAGGCAGGAUGGAGGCCCAUCAUCAGGAGGAGCUGAGGGCUCAACCGGGGGCGCCGAGAAGGCCAGAACAGUUUACUUACAGGCGGCAGUCUUUAUUUAAAGGGGAGACAAUUUAA